GCCAACGCAUCGAAGUCGCGUUCCAAAUUACGUCCACGUGACUGGACUGAGAGUAAUGUUUCGCAGACGGAAUCUCUUGUGCCACUGUCCACAUUAGCGGCUGUUCGUAUCAGUCUUUUCCCUCCCUCUUCAACAUCUGGACGUCUGGUGAAUCAUGUCGACAAGUGACGAGGAGUCGUUUCACUAUCAAGAACUGGGGACGAUUGAAGAGACAAAUUCACCUGUCCCAACCCAGUCUCCAGACAAUGACUCAGAUGAAGAGGAGUUUGUUUAUCCUAGCGUAUCUUCCAAGCCAGUACAUGAAGCUGCCCGGACACCUGAGCCCGUCUUACAGCAGGACGUAAUACCCACACAAGACGUCCUGGAGGUGUCACCCAGUUCAGACAGGUUAUCACAUUCUCCAAAUGUCUCUCCCCCACAAGAGCAGCCAGUUCUAGAUGUCGUACCUUCACCUAUCAUUCCGAAAAUUCAUCCUUCUCCUGCUCAACUGGAGGCUUUGCAAUCGGCCGCUGCUGCAGGCGACCUCAAGCUGCUUCAAAGUCUUUUCCGAAAUACGUUGCAACCUGGAGAUGUGGAGCCCUUUGCGUUGGCCAAUGAUGCUUCGACACGCACGGGUCUUACUGCAUUGCAUGCAGCUGCAAGUAGAGGACAUCUUGACAUUGUUAAUGAUUGAGGACUGCGGCGCGAUACCCGAUAUAGAGGAUAAAGAAGGCGAGACCGCACUGCACAAAGCGGCUCUCAACGGUCACUUGCGUAUCGUCGCAUACCUGCUUCCGGACAAGGCUGAUGUUCAUGCUCAAGAUGCGGAUGGGUGGACGGCUCUUCAUAACGCAUGUUCUAAGGGUUAUCUAGAUAUUGUGAGAUUCUUAUGCGAGCAAGGAGGUGCCGCUUCUGAGAUCGACGGCGUGCGUGGAGUUGAUAUCCGCAGUAAAGGUGGUUGGACACCGUUGAUGAAUGCCUCAUCCAAGGGUCAUCUUCCCAUAGUUCUCUAUUUAUUGAGCAAACAGUCCGCCGAUCCUUUGAUUAGGAACAACUGGGGCGAAACUGCAUAUGACGCUGCAGCUGCUGUCUUCGAAGUUUGGAUAUGUGAGGUCUUACAAAAAGCAGAGAGCGAAAAAUGGCGCAGCGCGCCGGUCCCCUACAAUCCGCUAGCGGUGCACACGACAGUACCUGUUUUGCUCUAUGAGAAUCAGCGACUUGACAUGCGGCUGAAGACGUUGGCCAUGUCUGGUGGGAAGCCUAAGUUCUCCGCUUCUGGGCUAGGACGACGGGGUCGUCACGCUCCGUUUGAGCUUAGACUUCUUCAGCCUAGUGAGGAUGGUAAGAAAGAAGUCCCUGCCUGGCGAAGCGAUGUGCAACUUCCUUUACAUGAGGAACCUUUUGUUUUACCACUUCCCGGCGACUCGGCUUCUAGGGAAGGUUUAGAACGAAGUCAUUUUUGGCUGUCAGACUGGACUCUUGACGUGACCCAUCCAGGUGUUGACGCCGAACUUGGCUGGCAGUAUGCACGUUCAUUCGACGAUCCGGACGAUCAAUGGACUUCUGAACCACCAGCUCAGCUCGAACGCCUUCUCAGCGGAAGCGGAGCGAUGACGGCUGGCCUGAGUGGUAGCUCGUCGAGAAGCAGUAGUAGCAGCAGCAGCCGCGCAGGUCCCAGCUCUCGCUCUAAUUCAGUUUCUGCUCAAAGCUGGGUCAGGCGCCGACGUUGGGUCCGCGUAAUGCGCCGUAGGCUAGAUAUACCACCUCUUCCAUUCCUUCAACCCGAUGGCCAGAACUAUCAUUUGGACAUGGAUGGCCAUUUAGUUCCGUGUGUGGAGAACGACGGCAGCGACUUCGGUGAUAAUGACGGACAGGAACUCGGAUUUAUGCCAACAACGGGGCUUUCUGCUGCGCAAGAUUAUGUAGCCCGCGCACGUUAUCUAGCAGGGAAUCAGUCUGGAGAAACCCAAGGUACAAACGGCCAACCCUCUGCUCUGGAGGCUCGCCGUGCUAUUGCGAAGCUAGAGCGUGCUACCACGGAAUUGCGUCAAGGCAUCCUUGAUGAUGAUGAUGUUGAACGGAGAACACAGGCGGAGGUUCUCCUCAAUGCGUACAGUCGAGAGCUUGAGCGUAGACGACUCGCGGCUGGCGCCCAAGGGAUCCUCAUAUCUGAUAACGAUGGUGACGAAGUCUACGAUGAUGACUCGGAUGAAGAAUCAUUUCACUAUCCUGGUUCUUCUACGGAUACUGCUCGACCUCCUUCGAUUCGCUCCACCGCUACCGACUACUUCUCUAGGUCUUCUGGAUCACGCGGACCCACUGACCUCACACCUCAUUUGUCACAAUCUCCGGAAUUCCGUGUACCUACUCAUGAAGCCCCGCAGAAGAUACUGACACCUCGAUGGACUCCUCCAACACCGCAUCAAGUUCAUGCUCAGUGGGAACGAGAUGAGACCGUGCAGCAGUGCCGCGAAUGCAGACGCAGGUUCAAUUUCAUAACUCGUCGCCAUUGUCGUAGAUGCGGGCGCAUCUUCUGCGACCGCUGUUCUUCGUUUAGGGCGCUACUUGACCCUUCUGACAUCGUUCAAGACCCUGCCGCUCUUGAGCUAUCGUCAAGGCCAUCAUCACAACGAGUUUGUCAAAGUUGCUAUGAGGAAGUGACUGCCACAGUUCCUGUUGGCUUGCAUGCUUCAAGAACAAACGCGAUGGAACGGAUAGUCAUUGACCAAAGACGCCUUUCUAUCCCCAGUCCAACGAAUGGCGAUACAAGUUCACAAAUCAGCGACCUGGCCGAAUGCCCUGUAUGUAAUACAAGCCUAUCUGACCUGGGUCCUGCAUUCGUACAAGAAGCACAUGUGAAGAAUUGCUUGGAGGGAGGAAGUGGCUCUUCUCCUCAGACGGCGAAGUACUUGGUCUACAAGUUACCUGGAGAAAGUGCCUUGAUUGGAACUGAAUGUGUGAUCUGUCUUGAGGAGUUCGUCAAGGGAUCGACCGUUGCCCGACUGAGCUGCCUAUGCAGCUUCCAUAAUGCCUGUUUAUCGUCUUGGCUCCAACGAGGCAAGAGUUGCCCUGUGCAUGCGCGUUGACGAACAUAUGUCAUCUAUCCCCCUAUCACGAGUAUUAUGUUUUCAUGAGGUUUAAGGUUGAUAUUGACUAUGGUACAUAUAGUAGCUACGAGCACUAGCCAUACAACUACAUUGUGAUAUACCCGUCUACGGAGUAAUAUUUGGCUAAUCGUCGUCUUUAGGCUCAUAGAAUAUACUGCGAGGUAUACGAGUUUCGUCGAUUCGAAUGACAUUGGACAGGUCUUCGUAAUCAUCGGGCUCUACUAUGUCUUGUCCUUUACGACCAUCCUCUUGGUCAUCUUCGAACCAAGUUGCCGGAUCGGAAUCGUCUUCAAGAUCGUCGUCAUCCUCCAGGUCUGAUUCGGUGGGCUUGUAUGUCCUGCGUAAGAAGUCGGUUCAGCAUGGGAAAGGAAACAGAUGAGAAGAGAACAUACAUGAAGGCCCAUAUUCGCGCCUCCCUCUCUUCUCGUGUGAGGACUUCCCCCUUAAUUGGUAGACCCAUUCGACGCUUCUUCUCUUCCAAAUGCUGCUUGCGGCGCAUGUCUAGAGCAUGAGUUUCUUGCUCUAUACGGACGGCCUCGUCGAAUGAGAAUGAACCUGUGUCGCUAUGUGUGGGAUGUAUCUGUGCCGACUGAAGACGGACUAAUGAGUGAGACAUUACUCAAUAUACGUGGAAUUACUUACAUAUCUUGCGAGAAUGCGACGUUUGGUAUCGAUUGCUCGACUGGGGGAGACAGCAGGCGUGUCUUCGAUCUUCAUCUGAGUAUCACCUUCAUCGUUGAUGUUGGUUCGUUGCAUCAUAGUCUGUAUCUUAUCCACUCCAAGCUCGACUAGACGUGCUUC